GCGGCGCCCCGGCUGCCCGUGGUACCUGGGCCUGGCCUCUCGUGCUCGGUAGCCAUGGCCAUCGCCCACCUGGCCACCGAGUACGUGUUCUCGGACUUCUUGCUGAAGGAGCCCACCGAGGCCAAGUUCAAGGGGCUGCGGCUGGAGCUGGCGGUGGACAAGAUGGUCACGUGCAUCGCUGUGGGGCUGCCGCUGCUGCUCAUCUCGCUGGCCUUCGCGCAGGAGAUCUCCAUCGGUACCCAGAUAAGCUGUUUCUCCCCAAGUUCUUUCUCCUGGCGCCAGGCUGCCUUCGUGGAUUCAUACUGCUGGGCUGCUGUGCAGCAGAAGGGCUCCUUACAGAGUGAGACUGGAAACCUUCCUCUGUGGCUGCAUAAGUUUUUCCCGUACAUCCUGUUGCUGUUUGCGAUCCUCCUCUACCUACCCCCACUGUUCUGGCGCUUUGCAGCAGCUCCUCACAUCUGCUCCGACUUGAAGUUCAUCAUGGAAGAGCUGGACAAAGUCUACAACCGCGCCAUCAAGGCUGCCAAGAGUGCUCGUGACUUCGACCUGAGAGAUGGCGCCUGCUCAGCUCCAGCGAGCGAGAAUGUGGGCCAAAGCCUGUGGGAGAUAUCUGAAAGCCACUUCAAGUACCCAAUUGUGGAGCAGUACUUAAAGACGAAGAAGAACUCUGGUCACUUAAUCGUGAAGUACAUUAGCUGUAGGGUAGUGACACUGGCAAUCGUUCUGGUAGCUUGUGUCUACCUGAGCUACUACUUCAGCUUGUCCUCGCUGUCGGAUGAGUUCGUGUGUAACAUCAAAUCAGGGGUCCUGAAGAACGACAGCACCAUUCCCGAUCGGUUCCAGUGCAAGCUCAUUGCCGUGGGCAUCUUCCAGCUGCUCAGCUUCAUCAACCUCAUGGUCUACGUCCUGCUGGCCCCCGUGGUCAUCUACUCGCUCUUCGUCCCCUUCCGACAGAAGGCAGAUGUUCUCAAAGUGUACGAAAUCCUGCCCACCUUUGAUGUUUUGCAUUUCAAAUCUGAAGGGUACAACGACCUGAGUCUCUACAACCUUUUCUUAGAGGAGAAUAUAAGUGAACUCAAGUCCUACAAGUGUCUCAAGGUACUGGAGAAUAUUAAGAGCAGUGGUCAGGGCAUCGACCCAAUGCUGCUCCUGACCAACCUUGGUAUGAUCAAGAUGGACAUUAUUGAUGGCAAAACUCCCAUGUCAGCAGGGACCAAGGGAGAGGACCAGAGAGGCCAGACGGCAGAUCUCAAAGAUUUGGACAUGCAUGACGAAACGAAAACAAAUAAUGGAGAGAAGAAUGCUCGGCAGAGACUUCUGAAUUCUUCUUGUUGAUGGUUUUGUCCUUGAAUUUGAAAUGCAUGACUUGCGUGAUGAGAGUCGUGUUGGCUGACGCACCCCUGUUGGGAGGGUGGCUGGUCUGCAGUAAUGGUUUUGUUAGAAAUGUAGAGCCUAGUGCACUGAGUCCAUCAUGAACAUGGUGGUCAGCAGAUGUUCUGAAGGAUGGUUUGGGAGCUCCCUACAAGAAGCUACAUGGAAAUAAGCGAGCAAGGGUCUCUGGGUGCGUCCUUGUCAGAGCAGGACUCGAAGAGCAUGGUGUCUUGUAGAGCCAUGGGGGAGCACCGUUCUUGUGCCACAUCGUGACAAGACCCAGAGGCUGCCAGAAAACAAGCACUUUGGAAGAUUUGUUUUUAAGAAAUAAUAUUAAACAUGGCAGGAUAUAAUUUAUAACAGGGCUGUUGAACAAGAAAAGCAACCCCUGGCUAACAAGUGGCAUUGAUGUGUGUGUAUCAGGGUCUCAAGUCAGCUGUAAUCUGUUGCCUUGUGCUCUCUUCUUACACCGUUAGAUGCCCAGCUUGGCUAAUUGGGGUCCUCUAACCACCGUUCACUGCCCUUUGCCCUGAAGGGCCACAGGCCAGGACAUUGUCUUGCUGUAAAUUCAAUUACCAUGGUAAAGUCAAAAGCACAUCAGCCCAUAGCACAGUGACUUCAACUCAAGAAAGAAGGCUUCCAAGAUAGCCCAGCGGGGAUGUCUAAAUGUACAAAAGUAGUUCAGCCACUGUCAGUAAUCUUGUCGAUGGGGGCUAUUAAACACACAUUAAAUGGGGUUUUCACAGGCAUGGUUACAGCAAGGGGCUCUUUGCCCAAUGUGAGCACAUAAGUGACACUUGCUGCAUGUUUCUAGCCAGACCUCUUAGCAAUUGAUUUUGUUUAAGCAAAAAAUUUUAAAGUGCCUUUUAAUCUAUCUAAUUGAUACCGUUUGAAAAAAACAUUGUCAGAAUUAUAGAAUAAAUUGUACACAUGGAUGGGUAGGACAACACAAGCAUUACUUCAUAAACUUUUUGUUUGUUUUAUGUUUUGUUUGAGACAGAGUCUCCCUCUGUACCCAGGCUGGCCUCAAACUCACAGCAAUCCAUCUCUUGCAGCCUUCUAAGUGGUGAGAUUACACAGGCGUGGGCCUCCACAUCUGGCUUUAUCAACAGCUAGGGCUGAUGCAAAAUAUGUUAAAAACUGCUCACCGAUCUGACCAUGUAAAUAUUGGUUGUUCACAUAUAUAUAUAUGUAUGUAUAUAUGUUUGUAUGUAUGUAUGUAUUUUUUUUUUACGUCAGAUGGGUUAUGUGCCAGAGCGUGUAUGUAUGUAUUUUUAAAAACCCUUCUAUUUGGUGGACCUUCCUGUUUUUAUUCUUAGAAGGUUAACAGGUUGCCUAAGUGAAAGAUUUUCAAAUUAGUUUACUUUCAGCCAUUGGAGACCAGAGUUUACCUAAUGUAAUUGUUUUUUGGUGAACAACAGACAUUAUAUAAGCUGCUCUCUGCCUUUCAGAACGUAUGGAAAGCAGAUUUUAUUUGUGACUGUUUCUGGGAUGGAAAGCUAAUGAUAAAUGUCAAGAAUUGAAUCAGUGCUUUAAAUUAUUCUGUCAUGUGAUAUUUAUUACUGUUGAAUUAUACUGUAACAGAAGUGGUGGAAACCUAAGAAGUUGACUUUGCUACUUUUCUAUAUUGUGACAGAGACAUUUCAUCAAAUUCCGUGUGUGUGUGUGUGUGUGUGUGUGUGUGUGUGUGUGUGUGUGUGUGUGUGGUUUUGAAAUUUUUUGAAAAAGAUUUUUGAAAUAUUGUUCUAGAAUAUGAUUUUUUUUCAAAAUGCUUCCAUCCUCUGGCAAAGGACCCAUAAUUUGUAUUCUGAAGUAGUAAAAGUUGAUGUGAUAGAAGAUUGAGAACUUUCUAAACCCAAUCAUAUAUCAUCCUUUUAUCAGACUUUGUAGUAUUGGGGUCCUUGGCCUUUGCCUUCCCGUUCACACUCUCAGCUCUAGUUGGGCCCACAGUGCUGUGGGCGUCACAUGCAGCACCGUCUGGGCAGAUAUGAAGAGGCAGGUCCCCUGUCUGAGGACUUUAGUAAAAGGCAGCAGACACACAGGAGAGUGAAAAUAGGAGAAGCAGUACCCACAGAACAGGCCCUCUGGAAAGUAGAAAACCCACUAUACUGUUAAUAGGUGCCAUGCUGUUUCUUCUGUCCCCCAUAGUUCCAUAGCCGAUAAUUCUGAGAAUCUAGUUGAGAUUUUUCCUAAAGGCAACAGGUCUCAUAGCCUUUAGCCACAAAUCUCUAAUUUGAAGUUUGUGCAAAGCACAAACAGUGAUUUUUGAACAAUAAGGGCUCCACCAGUUGCCUUCUGUGGCUUCUCUUGAAGGGGGCAGGGUGAACAAGCCUGGGAGUGGGGACAGAUGGCCUUGCCUUCAAGGAACUCCUAAGGGCCAGGAUGCAUUCCCAUCACUACAUUUGGCCUGGAAGGUGAAUUUUUCCAUCCACUGAAUGCCUGACUUAAAAAAAAAAUACUAUGCUUGAGGGCUGGAGAGAUGGCUUAGCAGUUAAGGUGUUUGCCUGCGAAGCCUAAAGACCCAGGUUCAAUUCCCCAGUACCCACAUAAGCCAGAUAUACAAGGUAAUGUAUGUGUUUGGAGUUCAUUUGCAGUGGCUAGAGGCCCUGGCAUGCCCAUUCUCUCUCUCAAAUAAAUAAAUUAAAAAAAAAAAAAAACAGCCACACUUGAGUCAGCUUGUGGGUGCAGAGUGUGCUUUGUAAGCAUUCAUUCCUUUAUUAAGGACAUCUGCAGACCAUAAAUGACCACUGCAGGGCCACUGCUUUAUCUCCAGCCUGUGUCUCUAGUGAACCUGGCUGUCACAGAUGCAUGGCGUUUGAAAGCAGCAUUCCAGCACACCUGGGAUUUUAGCAAGGUGCAUGCAGAGGUCUCCAGUGUAGAGGUUCUUAACCUCCAGGCUAUUUGUAAGGAUGCAGACUCAGUGCUCAGACAGAAACACACCAUUAUAGAUGCAUUCUAGAGUUCAGUAAGAAGCUGUGCCCUGAACACUCCAGAGCAAGCUAAGUGCAGAAUGGGGCUGCCUCAGUCUCCAGAGAGCUGCUGCCUUCAACCAGAAACUCAACUGUAUAUUUGCUUAAUUAAGUCGUAUUUGUAGACUUGGGAGUAAAGUGUGCCUUUGGGUUGGUUACUUGUCUGUUUUUUAGGGUCAGACUGACCAUGGUCAAUGAGAGAAUGAGUGUAUCCCAUAGGCCUGGAGUGACCAGAAAACCCAACAUUGAUCACUGUUUUCUUCCGAGUGAUACCUUAUGGUACCCCUGAGUGUUCUUCCUGGGGACCGUGGGGUCGGUCAGUACCUGUAAAGAUCAGGACCUAUGAAGCGCACUGUUCUCCUUUAUUAUGGUUGUGCUGGCAUAAGGCUAGACAGACACUUCCACCUGGCUAGUGGUCUUCUUUGCACAUUCGUGUUUCACAUGUGGAAGCACUACAUGGCAUCUCCCAGUCAAGUAGCGGGUGAGCCACAAUAACUUUCUAGAGAAUGAGUUCACCUGUGAAAGGUGGAGCGUUACGCACCUUUCCGAAUGUGUGAGUGUUUGGUUUGUUCUGCACACGUCGGUCCAGCCUACAUAGAAGAUCGAGCGAGUCCAGCCUUCGGAUGCGCUGCCAUCUCAGCAACUGAAGCUGUGGGCUGCCCGGUGCUGGGCGUGCUGCCAAUACUUGCUGAGUGCGUGAACAGAUGAGGUGAAGAAGCCUUACUUGGUGACAACUGAUUUGAUUUUAAACACAUGACUUCUGCUGGAGACUCAUCUUGCUUCUUGAUAAAGGGGAUGUUUAUGCAAAUAAUGGCUUUCUUCUGUAAAUACUGAUGAGUCUUUGCUUUUGAUUGUGGAGUGAGUCAUGUCUCCUUUCCAAGUUCAACACAAGUUCAAGGUUAUCUUGCAGUGACUGAGGAAAUUGAAGUUUUAAAGACUCUGGUCUCAGUAAUUGUCCAGACUAAACCUUUAGAAGGAGAUGUGGAUUGAAAUGUACAAUUACCAGUAAUUGAGGUUUUAGUUGAGGGCACUGAGAUAAAAUGACACCUUUUGUAUGAUCAUUGGCAUUUUGGCCCUACUUUUCACAAGUGAAACCUUUUUCUAAAGAUCAACAAAGAAACUAUUGUGUCACAUGUGGGAUAUAGCAGACAUUAAUUCGUGAUUAGUUUUCCUACCUGCUUUAAAUUCAGUGAAAUGUGUUUCAGGGUUCCUUUCUAGCUGCAAUAAUUGUCUCUAAUGCAUGCAGUUUGUGAUCAGUAAUUGUUCUUCAAGUUCCUGAAAGUUAAAGUUUUUCAUAUUUUCCCCUGCCCAAUCAGAAGAGCAAAAUCCUUGUAGGAUCCUACAGUGUGACAACUGUGCCCAACAAAAACGAUAGCAUUGGCUCCUCUUUUAACAAGUUGGCUUUUUUGAAGCACCAUAAUUGCAGUUUGAUGGGGCUCAGUGCAGUGGGGCUCGGUGUGUAAGUUAAAGUCUUCCUAGUGACUAAAUUUCUCCAAGACUUUCAAAGAAAAAUAUGGUUGUUCUUUUACAGAAUCAUUUGGUAAAGACGCUGUGCACAGAUGAACGACUUUAAAAAUUAAGAUCAUUUCAGUUUUAUUCCACAAAGACAUAAAGAUGAGAACAAAUGAUAGCAUUAGAAAAUGAUCCUUUAGAGAAUAUGAGAUUUAGAAAGCUCUGCAUUUUGGUGAUUAUCACUACUAUUGAAUUUCAUAUUUCUGUGUAAAUUACUUGGCCGUGCUCUACAUUCUGUUCAUAUUGACUUCCAUUUAACGAGGGCCACAGGCUCCAAGCCAAGGCUGUUGUGUCUGUAGACAGGUGAAGUGAUGUUUUUGUCCUGUACUGUGGAGUUCCCCUAAGAAAUUUUUUUCAAGUAAUAAAGAGUGUCUACUGUUC